UAGAACAGAUAAGGAGUUUAUUCUCCGUCUUCUCAGACAGACACCAUACGAGACAGCAAUCAUACCACAAAGUCAUGACCUUUGCUCACUGAACCAUCUCUUCGUUUCUCUCUCUCGGAAACCUCAAACCUAAUCAUGGCUUCCAAAGUUCUUCCCCAGGCGGUAAUAACGAUUCCGAGAAACCCCAACCAAGCCACAAUCAAGAACCUAGGGCUUACCAAUGUUGUUUCUCGUCGCCAUUCUCUCUUGAAUUCUGCUCGGCUUUGGACAUCGAAGGUUUCAACUAGCUCAAUUGGCUCCAAUUUCGGUCCCCUACUUGCCGCGGCAAAUGGGAGACGGUGUUUUGUUGUGAGGGCGGAGGCGAACUCCGAAGGUGAAGCUGAAGCUGCUGGGAGUGGUGUGGAGAAUGAAGAGGGUGGAGUUGAAGAGGCUUCGGAGGUCAAUGCUGAAGGAGAAGGAGUUUUGGAGUCUGAGGAAGUGAAGCCGCCGAGAAAGCCUCGGGUUAAGCUUGGAGAUAUAAUGGGGAUUUUAAACACAAGGGCGGUUGAAGAGUCACAGAAAGAAAGGCCAGUUCCAGACAUAAGAACUGGUGAUAUUGUGGAGAUCAAAUUUGAAGUUCCUGAAAAUAGGCGUAGAUUGUCUGUCUAUAAAGGUAUUGUCAUUUCAAGACAAAAUGCUGGAAUUCAUACAACAAUUCGAAUUCGAAGGAUUAUUGCUGGUGUAGGAGUCGAGAUUGUAUUCCCAUUGUACUCACCAAACAUAAAAGAGAUCAGAGUAAUGAGUCACAGGAAGGUUAGGAGAGCAAGGCUAUACUAUUUGAGGGACAAACUUCCUAGACUCUCCACUUUCAAGUGAAAAACACUGCUAGUCUCCAGUUGUUUUUACUCAGAAACUUAUUUCCGGCAUCUUAUGAUCUUGUAAGAACCCAUGUUCCCUGAAUCCAUUUUUGGUAAAUGCAUCUGUUUUCCCUUGUUUUCUUCAUUUAUUUCUUAUUCUUGUGUAUUUUCUUUCAAUUAAAAUGUAACAAUGGGAUUUGCCAACCAGAAAAAGGCUGAAAAAUCUCCAAACUACUCAGUCUUCAUAUCUCAAUCAUUGAUGUAAGCAUUUUAAUCUUC